AUGGUACUGCAGACAUCCACCCUAUUGCAAUCCCUCUCGCAAUUGAGAGCCUACCGAGCUGCCCAGGGGCCAGUCUCCAUCGCUUUGGCAGUCAUUAGAGACGCCAUUGUGUUGUCGUUCGUGUUGAACUGGUUGGCGUCGGCAUCGUCCUUUCUCAGAGGCUACGGAAUUGUGGGAGCCUACAAGAAGCUCAACUUGAGCGUCAAGCAGCGGUUGUUCCGGUUGUUUUUGAGCCUCCCGCCAGUCAAGAAGAAGGUCGACAGCGAGCUCCUGGCCACCGUGGUGAAGAUGGAGGCCCAAUUGAUGCAGAACAGCGACGAAUUAUUGCAAUUCCCCAUAAUCCCCAACCAGGGACUCCGGUACGCCGAGAUCUCGGCCCAGUUGGACCAAUUGCAACAAUUAAAGCACACCCAGUGGCAGAACGGGCGCGUCAGUGGUGCUGUCUACCACGGCGGCGACCAGUUGUUGGAGCUCCAGUCCAACGCGUUCCACAAGUAUGCGGUGGCUAACCAAUUGCACCCAGAUGUGUUCCCUGGGGUCCGCAAGAUGGAGGCCGAGGUGGUGUCCAUGGUGUUGGACAUCUUCAACGGACCUGUGGGCUCGUGUGGCUCAACCACGUCAGGGGGCACCGAGUCGCUCUUGUUGACGAGUUUGGCUGCUCGGGAGUACGGCAAAAAGACAAAAGGUAUCACCAAGCCUGAGGUCAUCGCUCCAGUCACCGUCCAUGCGGGAAUCGAAAAAGCAUGCUACUACUUCGGAAUGAAACUCCACAAGGUCGACUUGGACCCCGUCACCUACCAGGUCGACAUCCGCAAGGUCAAGCGUUUGAUAAAUGGCAACACUGUUUUGUUGGUGGGCUCAGCUCCCAACUUCCCCCACGGAAUAAUCGAUGACAUCGAGGCAUUGAGCGGGUUGGCCACCAAGUACAAAAUCCCCUUGCACGUGGAUGCAUGCUUGGGCUCUUUCAUUGUGUCUUUCUUGGAAUCCUCCCAGGUUCACGGCAGCAAAAUCAUCCCCAAAUUUGAUUUCAGACUUCCUGGUGUCACCUCAAUCUCGUGUGACACCCACAAAUACGGCUUUGCUCCCAAGGGCUCAUCUGUGCUUUUAUAUAGAAGUCCUGAGUUGCGCCAGUGCCAGUACUACGUGCUGAGCGACUGGACAGGAGGGAUGUACGGUUCGCCUACCUUGGCCGGCUCAAGGCCUGGAGCAUUGAUGGUCGGUUGUUGGGCGACAUUGGUCAAUAUUGGUAAAGAUGGCUACAGGCAGUUCUGCAAAGAAAUCGUUACUACUGCCAUGGAAGUCAAGCGGGCCAUCCAAGAACACCCGGUGUUGAAAAUGCAUUUGGAAAUAAUCGGUGACCCCAUCGCUUCUGUGAUCUCUUUCAAGGUGACCCCAAUUUCUGAGAACGUUUUGAACAUCUAUGAGCUCGGAGACGUGCUCAACUCUAAGGGCUGGCACUUUUCGUCUCUUCAGAACCCCUCUGCACUCCACUUUGCAUUCACCAAAUUGAGUAUCUCCGUAGGUGAUGAUAUGGUCAAGGAUUUGGUGGAUUCGGUCCAGCAACUCCUCGUCAAGGAACCUGCCUCGGGCGAAGAAAAGAAGCAGAGUGACACUGCUGCGCUCUAUGGUGUUGCAGGCAGUGUCAAGACGGUUGGUAUUGCUGACAAGAUAAUUGUUGCAUUCUUGGACACCCUCUACAAGGUGGAGCCCACCAAGGGACCCGACUCGAACUAG